AAUUUUGCAAUAUAUAUUGUUUUCCAGAGGCAAAACGGAUUACGGUAUAAUGAUAUUCGCGGACAAGCGCUUUAGCCGCGCGGACAAGCGCAGCAAGCUGCCGCGCUGGAUACAGGAGCAUCUGCGCGACUCCCUCUGCAACCUCAGCACGGAGGAGGCUGUGCAGAUCUGCAAGCGCUGGCUGCGUCAGAUGGCGCAGCCCUUCACCCGCGAGGACCAGCUCGGCGUCUCCCUGCUGACGCUGCAGCAGCUCCAAUCACAGGAACAACAGGAGAAGAUAGAGAAGCAAGUUAUACAGAAGUAGACUAGAUGAAGUACAAGAAUUGUGGAAAUGUUAACAUUAUUUUUUGCAUUAAAGUAAGACAUAUUUUUAAAAUCAA